AUGGUUAACAUUCAUGUGGCUACUGAAAUAUGCAAAAAUACAUAUGUGGAAAGUGACGUUGAAACUGAUCUUGAACAAGAUUCAAACAUCGAUUAUCGUACUACUGGCGAUAGUGGAGCUGAUCAUACCAAUAAGAUACAGAAGGUAACUGUAUAUGGAACAAAUGACGUAGAAUUUAAAGAAAUGAAAAUAUCUAUGAAGUAUAAUGGUAUCCAUACAAGUGUGUGUGUCAAUCUGGCACACCUUCGGUACAAAAGAACUACUGUGCUGCAAAAUUAUGCAAUACCGAUUCUUCUAAGUGGAAGAGAUAUGAUGGCAAAAACACCGACCGGUUCAGGGAAAACUACAGCUUUUGUUGUAUCAAUACUGAGUUGUAUACUAAAAAAUUUAUCCGAUAUAAAUGACGACGGUCAUCCUUCCGAGUGUUUCGAACCACUUGCUGUAAUCGUUGUACCCACGAUACAACGUGUCAAAAAUGUUUAUAAUGUUGUAAGUCGUUUAAUUACAAACACAGAAUUAAAAUGUGAACCAUUGUUUAAAAUAAGUUCAGUUCCUGACCCAAAACGUAAAAUUCAGAACGGUAUUCAUAUUCUUAUUUCCGAUCCAGAAUGUUUAGCUGGUAUCGUGAGCCGAGGUUGGAUAACUUUUUCUAAAUUGCAAAUAAUUGUACUUGACGAUGUGGAUUUAUUGUUAAAAGCCGGCUAUAAGCCUGAAAUUGAAUUUAUUUUAAACAAUCAAACCAUGGUAUCGACGGACAAAAGAACAACAGUUUUGUUUUCGACCACCGUGGACAAGGAUGUUCAACAAAUUGCAAUGACUUAUUUGAAAUCAAAUCAUAUAUCAAUUGAUGUUGAAGAGAUGGUAAAACUCGAAGAAGCAUAUACCACGCAAAAGACAAAUUAUUAA